UCACUCUUCUUUCUCUUCCACCAUUCUUCUCCCUAAACAUCAUCAACCUUCUUCUUCCUUUCACUACUCUUAACAACUAAAAAUAGUAAUGGCGGCGGCAACAACAACCAUGAUGGCAGCCACUUUGGUGCCAAAACCCCAAGCACCACCCAUGAUGGCUGCAUUCCCAACCAACAUGGGACGGGCCUUAUUCGGGCUUAAGUCAAAAGCCCGUGGUGGUAGGGCAAUGGCCUACAAGGUUACCCUUAUUACUCCUGAAGGUACCCAAGAGAUUGACUGCCCAGAUGAUAUGUACAUUUUGGAUGCUGCUGAAGAAGCAGGAAUUGAUUUGCCUUACUCAUGUAGGGCUGGCUCGUGCAGCUCAUGUGCCGGGAAAGUCAAAUCUGGCGGCGUUGACCAGUCUGACCAAAGUUUUUUGGAAGAUGACCAGGUGGAUGCUGGUUGGGUUUUGACUUGUGCUGCUUAUCCUACUAGUGAUGUUACUAUUGAGACUCACAAGGAAGAGGAACUUACAGCUUAAUUAAUAAUUAUUGUAUUGAAUUUAGUUUUUUUUUAAUGUACCCUUUCAUUUUUUGGGCUCAAUUGGAAGGGGAAGGUUAUUAUAAAAAAGAGGAAUGAUAAUAUAGAGGGGUUUUUUUACUCCUUGAUCUUCAUCCUUUGUUGCUAGCUUGUGUAUUUUUUAUCAUGUUAAUCAUUAAUCAAUCAAGUACUCUUAUAUAUAUAUAUAUAUAUGCUUUAUUCA